AUGGAUGAGUUUGGUGGACCCCGGUUUGAUGUUAUUGUGAAUACUAUAAGAAAGAAGAGGAGCCAAACUUCUCGCAGACCCAGACCUGAGCCUCAGCCGUUCCCAGAGAGUUGUGAUCGGUCACCAUCAUCAUUGACGCCGCCUUCAGAUGAUGUGAGCAAGGUGUCUAGUGAUGAGAAUACUGGAUGUGAUGCUAAUUCUAAGAGGAAAGUGUUCAACCUUAAUCAGUGUGCUUCAAGGGGUUUUUACACUACUAAGACUGAAGGUGAAUAUCACAAAAAGAUUAAGAAUGAGGAUGGGGGAUCCAAUGUAUCAUAUGGUAAUGGAGGUCUGGGAGACGGAUUUGGGAAUGAUAACAAGUUAAAAAAGCUUAAGCUUAAGGUUGGUGGUGUGACACGUACAAUUCAAACCACCCAUAGUGCAUCAGGCAGUGGGUCUUCCACAAAGAGUGCGCGUUCUGCAAAUGGUCCUCGGUCACGGCAGAAGCUGAUUAUCCAGGAUUAUUCGGAUGAAGACCAUUCCCCAACUCUAGAUAGGAAGAGCGGCUUACAAGGACUUCCGUGGAAGAAUUUCUCUAGGGGUGGUAUUGGUCUGGGGAAGGAGGAUUCAUUGAUGGGGAAGAAUUCUGGAAAGAAUGUAUCUGAAAAGCGGGGAGAGAAGUUGGAUCCAGUUCGUAAGAGCAAGAGGGUUCCAAAGAGGCGUGUUUUGCAGGGAGCUUUUGAGGAAGAUGAUGAAGAUGAUGAGAUUCGAUACCUGGAAAAGCUCAAAACUUCCAAGGCUGCUUCAGGAUAUAAAGAUUUUGAGGAAGAAUCAACCAAGAAGCAAAGAAGUCUUUCUAGGGUUUCUAAGGGUGGUAAGUCUGAAAAUUUGGAAGAUUUUGGUUCUGUGAGGUCUGUUAAAGAUGGUAAGAAAUCCAGAUCUGAGAGAGUUACUGAUGACACAGAUUAUGAGGAGGAAGAAUUGUUGUCUGAUGGUGAGCCGGAAGGAAUGAAAACGAAGAAACAAAGGGAGGAUCCCUCUGAUUCACCAACAGAAAGUAAGAGGGAAAUGACUCUAACAACUCGCCAACGCGCACUUCUAUCUGGCAAGGAUGCCUCUUCUGCCUCUGGUGCAAGUCAAAUUGAGUUCCCAAAUGGUUUACCACCGCCCCCACCUCGAAAACAAAAGGAAAAACUUUCAGAAGUGGAGCAGCAGCUGAAGAAAGUCGAGGCUGCUCAGAGACGUAGAGUGCAAAAUGAGAAGGCGGCUCGGGAAUCAGAGGUUUGCCUUUUGCUGAUUUAUGUUCUAUGUUAUUUAGUUUUUUUGUUGUGGAAAUGAUUAGUCAAUUGAUUUCUUAGGCCGAGGCAAUUAGGAAAAUACUGGGUCAAGAUUCCAGCAGAAAGAAGCGAGAAGAUAAAAUAAAGAGGAGGCAGGAAGAGCUGGCACAGGAGAAGGCUGCCAAUGCACAGAUGCUUCCAGCAAACACCAUUAGAUGGGUUAUUGGCCCUACUGGGACUGUUGUUACAUUUCCGAAGGAAAUGGGUUUGCCUCAUAUUUUUGAUCCUAAACCUUGCAGUUAUCCUCCUCCACGCGAAAAAUGUGCUGGCCCAUCUUGUACCAACCCGUACAAGUAUCGGGAUUCCAAGUCAAAGCUUCCUCUUUGCAGUCUCCAGUGUUACAAGGCAAUUCAUGAAAAGAUGCAGUCCGAAACUGCAUGUUAAUGAUGUAGUUCAUGUAGCUAUCCGUCUACAUAUUGUUAAUAAUCUUGGAGAACAGUGAAGAAACAUUGUUUUUAUAUCCUAAUCUAAAGAGACAAGUAGGAUUUGUAAUUAUUCCAGCACCGGAAUUUAUAGCUGGAAAUAUUUCAUAGACAAAAAAUCAUUUUUAGUUGCUGGUAAAAUGAUCAUCCUUUCGCCCUCUACUCUUUUUCUGGGUUGCCCAUGUGGGCUGUUUUGUCUAAGUUCAGAAGUUGUUGAUAGCUUUGGUCAGGUGCACCGUAUCUGUGGUGGAUUAAUGCAUUAUUCUUUAUGCUUGAGAUCUCUUUUAAAAAUUAUUUGCUAGGGUAGAUCUUCAGACAGUACUGUAGUAUGAUACACAGGCUUGUAUAUUUGCUGAAAUUCUCUCUUUAAUCAUUGUA